AUGACCACGACAACAAACAACCACAGCCACAAACACCACGAUCGAAAUCCCUACGACUCCGACAACGAUUCGAACAAUGAUGAAGAUGACCUCUCACCACCUUCCCCGGACGUCAAUUCCUGCACAACCGUUGAAGAGCUUUGUGCGGCCCUCACCCAUCUAACGGCCCAGGAUGCUCGCAUAGACGGCAAGCUCCGCACGUUGCUCUUGAAGCAAUCCGAGCUGGAGCACUCCCUCACCCGCCUGGACCUGCUGCGAGCACAUCUAGGCACACAAGUCGUGGCGGCCCGUACGUUAUCAAACACAAUGCUCUCACCCGCUGCGGCUACCGCGCAUCGUAUAUCCUCCGCCGUGAGGCGCCUGGAUAUCGAGCAAUCCCGCGUUAAAGCAACGCUGGAGGUUGUCGAGCAAGUUACCGAGCUGAAAGCUUGUGUUCUUGGGGUCACUGGGUCGAUGGGUGCGCCGCAGGAUUGGGAAACCGCAGCGAGCUUCUUACAUCGUGCCGGGAAGAUUCCACAGGAGAUCAUUCGUGGAGAGUUCGCGGAGGAGAUAGUUCCCACUGCUGAAGUUCCGGAUCUCCCUUCUGUUACAUUGGAGAAUGCAGCGGAGUCGCUGUGCGGACUAUUUCUCCGAGAGUUUGAGCGCGCGGCCGAAGCCACCGACGGGGAAAAGGUCACCAGGUUCUUCAAGCUGUUUCCAUUAAUUGGCAGGACGGAUGUUGGACUUGAAGUGUACGGGCGCUAUGUAUGUCAGGGUGUUGCAGCAAGAGCCAGGGAUGCGCUUGCGGCAAAGAGACAGGCUGUAGCAGAUGGGGCCGGCGGGUUGGGUGACUUUUUCUAUGCGAAUGCGGUUACGAGGCUGUUUGAGCAUAUUGCGAAUAUAGUUGAGCAGCAUGGGAAGUUGGUUGAGAGGCAUUACGGUCAGGGGAGGAUGGGGAAGGUUAUUGAAAGGCUGCAGGUCGAGGCAGAUACCCAGGGGGGAAUAAUCAUUGAUACGUUUACGGAUGAGAGGAAUAUUAAUAGGAAGGUAUGGUACCUCUUGUAAUGGACAAGAUCGGGCUACCUGUGAGGUGGAUGCUAAUAAGUAUAGCUCACGGAUAUCAAAUCGUACGCAUUCUCAUUUCUAGUUCAGUCAUACAUGCCGUCGACCAGAGGGCCUAUGGGUGGUCCUCCUCGUUCCGGCUCACCAGCUCCCGGUGGUACAACGCACAGAAACAGUGAGGAUGAGGGUGUUGACGUCAAGGAAGUGGAUAUGCUGCUAAGUGAGAUUGGGGUGAUGCUCGGCCGAUGGUCACUAUAUUGUCGUUUUAUCGCACGGAAAUGCUUGGUGGGAGCUAGUCUUUUCUUUUGGACCUAAAUUUUCUAACUAGAUACACAGCCCCCCGAACCUAAAGGCCUAGCAGAAACUGAUAUCCUCCCACCCCUUGCAAUCCCCCCUGUAAUAACAAACUCUGCGUUAUACCGGAAGGUUCAAGACCGAUUGAUAGUUCCCUUCAACACCAUGACGACCUUCUUCUGCCGCCGCUCCGUCGAAAAGGCCUUCCAGCUUGACGAAUCUUCAUCCGACCUCUCGUUAUCGCUCACCUCCCCUGCAUCCUCCACCAACCCACCAUACAUCACCUCCGCCGUCGACGACGUAAUGUACAUAGUCAACAACCUCCUUCAACGCGCCCUGCAUACCUCCCAACGCGCCCUCGUCAACAACGCAAUUUCCACUAUUGGCCGAGUCCUGGGCUCAGACUUUGUCGGCAUGAUCCAGCGCAAAAUGCAGGUGGAAAGCUAUCCUAAAUCCCCCUCCGGCAUCCCAGGGGCUCCAGUCCCAGACGACAAAAUCCUCGGCUUCCUAGUCCUCCUCAACAACCUAGACGUAGCAUCAGAUUACACCCACCGCCUUAUCGGUACCUUUGCCAACGCCUCACUGAGCGUCCCCGGAGCAGAGAGCAACCCGGGAAUGGAGGCCAACAGCGACAAUGCAGUACCAUUAGAAGAACUCUUCCCCUUCCAAACCGACGCAGCAAUCGUCCGUGACGCCCUGAGAGGAAUGGAAACCUCUUUCGAAGGAAAGGCUGGGGAACUAAUCAACGAUGGAAUAAUGGUCUUCUUCAAUCAAGUCGUCAAACUGAAACUACGGCCACUCCUGGCGGAAGCGUUCCGUGAUGUCGAGUACCUCAUCUUACCAGGAGACGAUGAAAACGUAUACACCCACACAGACCCAGAUGGCGAGGACGAGCAAGAGGGAAUAAGCCCCGAAUCCAGAGAUGAACUCGUAAAACUCCGCUUUCAAGCAGGCUGGGAUGCGCUCAUGACACCUUACAAACGAAUCCUGACCGAGAAGGUAUUCAACAAAUUGCUUAAUACUACGGCCAGCUACUUUUCCAAACUCUUGGAGAAGCGCAUUUGGGGAUAUGCUGGGAGGAUCAGUGAAUUGGGAGCUAUUAGAUUGGAGAGGGACGUUGCGGGUGUCGUGGGUGUCGUAGUUAGGGGCGGGUUAUAUGGAGUUCGGGACGCGUUUGCUAGGUGUUCGCAGAUCUGUCUUGUGGUUAAUAUGGAGGAGGAUGAGGUUGGGGAUUUGCUCACUGAGGGGGCAGGUAGCGAUGGUGGGGAGGAUGGGGAUGGGGUUGAGUGGGUGUUGGAGGUUGAGGAGAGAAGGAGAGCUAGGGGGAUGGUUGUCGGAAAGCGGUAGGCGGUGAGGGGGGGCAAGAGAUUUAGUUCUGUGUUUGGUAGCAAAAAAUAUCUAAUUUUACGAUAGC